AAAUGUUUCGACAUCACCUCACCCGGCGUGAACGACAGCGGCCAAGCUAGAUGGUACUUCGACUCGGCAGCUAACGUUGGGGAUUGGAUUUUCCAGGCAGAGAUAUCCAUUUCUGUCAUUGUGGAGCCGGGCUGUACCACCAUGGCUCUUUACGAAUAUGUCACUCAGGAGCAGCUCGCGGGCUUCGACAAAUACAAGUACAGCGCAGUGGACUCGAAUCCCCUGUCUGUCUAUGUCAUGCACCCUUUCUGGAACUUUGUGGUGAAGUUUCUACCAACAUGGUUGGCGCCAAACCUCAUUACAUUUACAGGCUUUAUGUUCCUUGUGUUGAAUUUCCUCAUGUUGGCCUUCUACGACUCUGACUUUACUGCCUCCGCUGCAGGACAUGAACACGUGCCUAGCUGGGUCUGGGUUGCUGCAGGGAUCUUCAACUUCUUGGCCUAUACACUGGAUGGUGUUGAUGGUAAACAGGCUCGUCGCACCAACUCAUCCACACCUCUAGGGGAGCUGUUUGACCAUGGCCUGGACAGUUGGGCCUGCAUCUUCUUUGUGGCCACUGUCUACUCCAUAUUUGGUCGAGGGGAAAGUGGCGUGGGCGUGGCCACACUGUAUUACAUCCUGUGGGUGGUGCUGUUCUCGUUCAUUCUGUCUCAUUGGGAGAAAUAUAACACUGGCAUCUUGUUUCUGCCCUGGGGAUACGAUAUCAGCCAAGUGACCAUAUCCCUCGUUUACUUGGUCACUGCUGUGGUUGGCGUGGAAACAUGGUACAAGCCGGUCUUUUGGCACUUCCUCUACAGAGACCUGUUCACCUUUAUGAUCAUCGCCUGUUCCUUCACUGUGACCUUACCCAUGAGCCUCUACAAUGUCCUGAAAGCUUACCGCAGUAACACUCUGAAGCACAGCAGCCUGUAUGAAGCAUUCCUUCCCUUCCUUUCUCCUGUCCUCCUCUUUGUCUUGUCCACAACUUGGGUGGUCUACUCUCCAUCCGAGAUCCUCGAGCUGCAGCCCAGGAUCUUCUACCUCAUGGUGGGAACAGCCUUCGCUAAUGUCACGUGUAAGCUGAUUGUGUGUCAGAUGAGUAACACACGUUGCCAGGCACUGAGCUGGCUGUUGCUGCCCAUGGCGCCGGUGGUUUUGUUAGCGGUGACCGGGGUGGUCGGCAACGAGACCCUGCUCCUGUAUCUGUGGACAGCUGCUGUCAUACUAGCGCACAUACACUACGGUGUAUCAGUGGUUCAACAGCUCAGCGGCCACUUCAACAUCCUCGCCUUCUCCCUGAAGAAGCCCAACAGUGACUGACAGGAGGAAGAACGAAUCGGCUUGAAAGAAGCUGAGGUUUAGGCUCCUCCCCUCCUCGGCUUAUCGACACUUCACUCUCAUCACCACGGAAACCUCAUCCCCUGCCCUCCAUUCAUGAGGACACUGCAAGUGGAAUAAACUGUGGCCCUUUUUUUCCACUGUCCCCAGACACACAUACACAUGCACACACACACACACACACACACACACACACACACACACACACACACACAACUCAUGUUCCUAACCAACCAACCAAACUCUGCUCUCUGCGAUUGGGCAGGCCCAGGGGCUCUGGCUUCCGUCAUUGGUGAUUGGCUAACUCAGUUGAGCCAAUGAGGUGCAAUUGUUUCCUACGGAAAUGUGCUUCAGUCGUGAGGACAGGAGCCAUGCAAACACACACACACACACACACACACACACACAGACAUAAUUACAUUAUUCUGCUUUCAUGCAGAUCAUUUAUAUCUCGUGGCAAGUAUUUCAAAUACAAACACAGCCACACACACACAAACACACACAAUUGCACUCACAUCUGUGUUAUGAAUGUAUGAUAUGCCUUGGGGAAACACCAUUUAAGUUUUAUUAUAUUAACAGGAAUGCCUCAAGUAGUGUUGUUUCGAAACUUGACCAAACUCCUAAAUUCUGCCCACACGUGGCUCAUACAUCCACAGUUGUGUUCAGAAUUUAAAGGUUCAGUCACCUUUUUAUCAUUGGAUGAUUUUCUGUUGAAAAUCCCUGUGAUAAAUGUUAAUAGAUAUAUAUAUAUAUACUGUAUGUGUGAAGGGGUUUUGAGCAUUUUAUUUUCGAACUAAAAUGAAACUUCAAAGAAAGAUGAUUACUCCUGUAAAACAUUGUAUAAAUUUCCCUCUAAUUAAUUCCGCAGUUGUCAUAGGUAAACAGAGUUUAAUUUCGACUAACCAGGGCAAGAAUUGACCAGGGUGACCUCCGACCUUUUGAACUCUACUAACCCUCCACUUUGACCUCUGUGAUUACUGGCCUCGCGGCUCUCCCUACCCUUUGAGGUGUCGUGUCUUCAUGCUGAUUCGUUCGGUUUUAUUUUUUACAUUUUUUUUUUUUUAAUACAUAUUUGGUCAUUUGUUUAUCUGUUGCCAUGGCAAUGGUUUGUGGUUUAGUUGCGCAGCGCUUGAAUGAAGAGUGCGUUCAAAAACCGUCAAUGGAGCGGACUCACUCUGAGGGAACAAGCCUUCGCACAAGACACCACAAACGCGACAACACCGCCUGGCGUCACACUGUCCAGCUUACGCACAGAUAUUAUUACAUCUUUUAAACUGUCUGUCAGAUAACUCUGAAACUGUAUUGUUGCGUUUGUUUUGUUUUUUUGUUUCUGUUUUUCAGUCUGUUAAACACUGUUCCUCCGUGUGAUUUGAACAAUGUAUCCAUGGUGAAGAUGGAUAUUUGAUAGUGGCUGCUCACUGGACUUUGGGUUCUGAUCAGACUGGUUUUCACUGCCAGGCUAAUUAAGAUUUGACAGGGCUUACGUUUCAUCUUUCACCUUUCACUGCAAAAAUCCGUUAUUUUCUUCAUGUUACAACAUAUACAGCUUGUCAGCGUGGUUGUAGUCUGGAGGAAAUGCAUUAUUUUGUGUGUAACCCGACCUUUUGGAAUCCCUUUUUUGACCAUGCUGUUGAAAAGUUACUAGUCUUGUCUAUCUGCAAGGACUCCAGUAUCUGUCGACAUAGGACAGGAAAGCUACGCUCAAGAGUUUCACAAUUCAAGCUUGGCCUGACUGUAUCCUAAAUGAUCAAUGUGGAGCCAAGACUAAGUGUUCUUUUUCACCAAUAUUUUUAAACUUCGUCUCAAGCAAGGAUCUUAGCCCACAAAGUCUGCCGGGGCUCUGGUUUAAUGUCAUGGCUCACUUUUUAACAGGUUCACCCAGUCAACUAAACCACCGGUCCAAUGUCUGUGUCUCAAUGAAGGAAAAUUGUUCAAAUUAACCAGGAUAACAACUUUUGGGAAAGCCUUGUACUUGCCUCGUGAAUGGCAAGCUCAAUUGGGAGUUACGUUUGAACAUGAAGUCUGAAUGUUAAUCAUCUCGUAUAAGGUAGAUCGCUGCAAUAGAAGUGUGAGGAUACUUUAAAACUACAUAGGACAUUAGAUACACUGGGGAGGGGGGAAAAAAAAAACACUUGGAUUUUUGUGGAUCAUUUUUACCACUUCUCCAAAAGUUUUGUAAAUUUGUUAUCGAGCAACACUGAACAUUUAGACCACAGCCUUGUAGUGUCCCUGCAGUACUGUCACGACUGGGAGAAACAACGUAAGAUCCAACUCUACUGCCAUAAUACCCAGUAAAGUAGCCUUUUGGUUUGCUGUACUUCUGCUCUGCAACUGGGAGAAGCUUGUAUGCAGUCAUAAGCACAUCAUAGUUGUAAUUUGAUUUGACACGUUGGUAAUGAAGCCCCACAUCUGUGACUUUGGAGACCGUAGAUUGUAGUGACGUGAGAACAACUGUGACUGAGAUUUUGCCACUUAAACGGUAAACUGUUUUUUUUUUCUGGUGGGGUACAUGCACUGUUAGGGUAUGUAGAGAUCCAUGUGUACGUGUCUGUUAAUGUAUGGGUGUAUACUCUGUAUGUGUGGAUAUCUGUGUAAAUACAUAUAUUAUUUCCUCAUUUUUAUUUUAUUUUUUAAACUACAAAUGGGAUUGUUUUUUUCUUUCCGGUAGGCUGAUUUCUAAAAACGCAUGUGGCUGGUUUCUUUUUUUUUUUUUUUUUAGACCAGGGGGAUGAUGCCAGUCAGCAGCGUUCUUCUCGUCAGCUCCAAAUCCUGCAACGCUAAAGAACUUUUUUAAAUAAUUCUCAUCUCUCCUGCUCCACUGUUUGAUUGGAUCUGGUCUUUUUCUCUGGGAUAGUUGGGAGAGGGGGACAGGCUCUGGGUGUGAAGAACUCCACCCCAGCCUGCAAACACUACAAACAAUGCUAAAUGCAACAAGGGAUUUCAUAUCAUACUACUAGAAAAAUGCAAGCUGGGUGAGAAAAAUUGUGCCAUUCUACAAAACAGAAAAUAGAAGAUAAGAACAAGUGAAAUUCUCACCCAGCCAGCAGAUUCAUUCAUCUCUUUAUUUAGGAUAAAGAAUUUUCAGAGCUAAUUUUUCAGGCAUUUUUUGUAGUGUGCUCCUCUGCUUCACUCACCACUUUCUAGGAAAACUGUCUUAAUCCCCCCUGGAUCAAUGAACCAAGUUGUUCAAAUUGUGACUAAGUUGUUAUAUAAUGCUGCCCUGGCAAACACUCCAGGGCUUCAGUGUGGCUACUUGUGAUGUUGUAUUUAACCAGUGAAUGAAAGGACUGUCCAGAAACAAAUAAAAGUGGAUUUUCGUUAACCA